AUGCUGUCCUUAGCAAAGAUCACUGAGCACCUUGGUUCAGGGGAGUUCGGGACAGUGUGCAAAGGGUUCUGGCACACCAACAGUGGGCGUCUGGAGGUUGCCAUCAAGAUGGCUCAGAACCAGGCCACAGACCAGGACAAAGUGAGAUUUCUUCAGGAGGCAGCCACCCUUGGACAGUUCCAACACCCCAAUAUAGUCCGUCUACAUGGAGUGGUAACUGUCAAUGACCCAGUCAUGAUCCUCCUGGAGCUCAUGAAGAAGGGAGACCUCAAGAACUACCUCAAGACACUCAGACCAGCCGGGGAGAUGGUGGUACAGCCACAGAUGAAGCAGAGACUCCUGAGGUUCUGUACUGAGGUGGCUCUGGGCCUGGAGUACCUGGCCAAGAAAAGCUUCAUCCACAGAGACAUUGCAGCCAGGAACAUCCUCCUCGCCGACAACUGCACCUGCAAGAUAGCCGACUUUGGCAUGUCACGAGACCUGGAAGACCAAGACUACUACUGCUCUGUCGGUGGAAAGGUACCCUUCAAAUGGACUGCUCCCGAGGCUCUCCACUACAGGAAGUACUCUAGUGCCAGUGACGUGUGGAGCUACGGAGUUCUGCUGUGGGAGAUAUGGAGUCUUGGACACACUCCUUACAAAGACUACAACACUACUGAAGAGGUAAGGCAGUCUCCUGCG